AUGAAAGGUGAUGGAUCGUUUCUACCAACCAUACAAGCAUCAUUUGAACACGAUACUCUCGUCGCUGGACAAGAUAAUAAAGUACAUAUAUCCGGAAAAUUUUCGGAAGAUGUCACCGAAAGUACCAUUGUUGCGGUUACAUUUUAUCAUGUAUCAAAUCCAAAUUUUUCAAUAGGCUACACUAGUACUGUUGGUUGUACUGGAAAAGGAUGUAAAAUUAAAGCUGGUGACCCGUUUACUCAAACGGUGGAUGUUCAAUUACCAGACAACAAAGAUACGUACCUUAUGGUAGUUGAGGUUUCAAAUUCAAGUACUGAUAUAGGCUGUACAUUAACUCUUGUUACAGUUUAG